UACACAUUUUUUCUUAUUACAUUACAUUUGUAUUCGUUUAUAUUACUUUCAAUAACCAGGCGACAGGUUGAUAAAUGAAGUAAAUAUAUAAUACAUUCAAACAAAGCAUCACCGAACUAGUGUAAGUAACUGACGCGGUCAUUGGAAAUCUAGGUUAUUAAUACGAUAAUUUGUACGAUAAUGUUUGUAUUGUGUGUUUUCUUUGUGCUUGUUUAUACUAGUAUGAGAAUAAAUGAUUUGAAAUAAAAUAGAUAUUUUUUUUUAAAUUCAGAGGUAAUAAAAAAAUGAUCAGGUUCACCUAUGUAACCUCAUAUUUUAAGAGAUGCCACCAAAUUCUUUUUUAUGCCAUGCAAAAUAGUUUUUUUAAACAAGGAAACGAGAAAUCGAUAGAUGAAGAUGACACCUUUCUUUCCAUUUGAACUAUAAAUUUGUAUGAUAUUGUAUUCAAUCGGGUAAGGUAAUUGAAUUUCUACUGUCAUAUACACUGUAUUCAUGACCGCAUUGUUUUCAAAAGCAAUUCUUUAUGAAAUUUAUUUUUUCAAAUUUAUCGAAACUAGCUUAUCAUAAAAUAGGAAUCCACUCUUUAAAGAUAGUGCCAUUAGUACACCUGACCUACACUGCUUCACUUCAAGAAUAACUGUUAAUGUAAUGUACAUUUGGAACAAUAAAAGUGUGAUUGUGUAUGGUGUCCAUUAUGCUAAAAAAGACAAGCCCGCGUCACAAAGCUGGGCGUCCAAUAAUAAGCAAAGACAGCUUCCCAUAGUCAAUUGCUUUCAUUGCUUUCACAGUACAGUCAGACUCGUGAAGUCCAGAGACAGUCUGACAAAUUCUUCCGCAGUACUUGCGAACGUUUAAGUAGCAGUAUUGUGAAUAUCCCCAUAAUAUCAUGAAUUCCUCUUUAAGUUUGACAAAUUCUUCUUCAAUGCCCGCGAAUUUUUCUGCUAAUAUCGUCAAUGCUUCCUCUGGAUUGGGAAACACAAGUUUCAAAUUUACUGAAGCACCAAAGUUGAAAAUGCAUGGACGCUACGUGCCCAUCUGGAUCUUUGUUGGGACUUUGAUAAUCAUGUUAAACGUCGUUGGGAUCGUUUUGUUUCGUAGAUCGAGAACAAUCGUCAAGAACUUACAGGUUUACAUCACCAGUUUAAUGGCCUGCGAUCUCCUCAUAGGAGUCAACCUAGUCUUUGGUCCUUUUGUCUUCUGGAUUUCCAAGUCUUUCAUUUUUGUGGACCAAGCUGCAUUGUUCGUACGCACGAUGCUUCUCGUUUCCCUUCUUCAUACAGCCGGGCUUUCCGUGGACAGGUUAAUAUCCGUCAAAUUACCAAACGUUUACACGUUUCGGGUCACUUCGAGAAUUUGUACUCUGGUCUGCCUUUGCAUCUGGGCCAGUUUGAUGGUGUACCACAUCUUGAUGUUUGUUAUCGCGACAAAUUCUCCGCUUUCAGGUCAGUUUGACAUGAAAUCAUACGGCCUUUUUCUUAUUGUCUACGUUAUUUGCUUGCUCGUGUACCUCAUAUCAAGCAAAAGUAUCAUAUCUUGUGCCAAGGACCAUCUUAAACGUACCAAAUCAAACGCUCCGCUCCAAGAACAGCAGAAAUCCAACACUUUCAGACUGUCUAUCGUCAUAACAACAGCUUCUGGAUUCCUGUAUAUCCUGUAUCUCCCGGCACAAAUUUUAGGGGCUUUGACGCUCGUUGAUCCAUCCUUAGAUAUGAAAGUAACGCGCCUUUUCAUGGAUUUAUCCUACCCGUUGGUUACUCUAGAAAGCCUUUUGAAUCCACUGCUUUAUUUGCUUAGAUUUAAGGAAACUCGACAAAUGAUCAUUCGUGUCUUCUGUCCUGCACGCAUAUUGACUAUCGUAAGCAAUUUGACCUCUGAAACGAGUGCGCAGAGUUUAAAACAACAGAUAGAGGACAGCCAAAGACACUGUGAAAACACAUGCAGAGAAAGAUGUAAUAAAGCGAACGUUAGUUUCAUUCUCCCCUUUAUAAAAAAUAUGUGA